UCGCGUCCCGCCAGCCGCUGGGAGGGGUGGAGGAGCGUGCACAGGUUUCGCUCCUGUUGAGAAGGAGCGCUGGCUGCGAGCGUGCUCCGCCCGGAGUCCACGGACCCUUGCUUCCUCCCGCAGGCCUCAGGCUCUUUCUGUAGCACUGAGAUCAAGGCCGGGCUCUCCCUCCUCACAGCUAUGGAGAUGCUUUUUGUUCUUACAGAGUGAGGCGGGGCGGACAGCGCUACUGUUCUCCAGCGGGUGGCGGCCCGGGACGCUGUUCUGAAUCCUGCCAUGCAAGCAACAAGCGGGCAAAUUAGUGCUGAGAGUGGAAAUUCUUCAGCUCUGUGAAGUUCAGCCCUGUCCCUUUUAGGCCCUCUAAGCGACGAGGCGUGCUGAAGGUCCCUGUAGUCACCGGAAGAUCGCUCUCAGGUCAAAUAAGUUGCGCAAUUAAGCAGACAUAUCAUUUCAUCUUCUGCCUGUCCUUUUGAGCUUGUGCCUGCAUAGAGAUCAGGACUGCCCUUGGUGUCUGUGGGAGUCAGAAGUGUAUCUGGCUGGUCUACUCCUUGUGUUCAGGAGCUCUGGUGCUGGAGUCAUGAUGGCAGCAAUUGUCAUUCCUCUGAUCCAUGUUCAGUCUUCUCUGUACCCACUGUCUCCUGAGAAAGGACACACAGGAAAAGAAGAGCUGGCCAAUGAGUUUUUAACAAACUCGACACAGGAGUUUGUGUCAUUCGAAGAUGUGACUGUGGAGUUCACAGAAGAGGAGUGGGCUUUGCUGGAUCCUUUACAAAGAACUCUGUACAGGAAGGUAAUGCUGGAAAACUGGAAGAACCUGGCCUCACUCGGGUAUUGCCUUGACAAACCAAGUCUGAUAUCCCAGUUGGAGCAGGAAGAAAAGGCUAUAACAGAGGACACAGGAAGUCAUACAGGCAUUUCUACAGAUUUGCAGACUGUACUUAAAACCAAAUGGCUAACUUCUGAAAAGCUUAGUAGUGGAAAAACAGUAAAAGUGGAGGAAAGAGAUCAACAAGGAAUGAAAGUCAAUGAAUGCAAUCAAUGUUUUAAAGUCUUCAGCACGAAAUCGAACCUUACUCAGCACAAGCGAAUUCAUACUGGAGAAAAGCCCUAUGACUGUAGUCAGUGUGGAAAAUCUUUCCGCAGUAAAUCUUAUCUUACUGUUCACAGAAGAAUCCAUAAUGGGGAGAAACCAUUUGAGUGCAAUCACUGUGGGAAAGCAUUUAGUGACCCCUCAUCCCUUAGACUUCACGUAAGAAUUCACACUGGGGAAAAGCCCUAUGAAUGUAACCAGUGUUUUCAUGUCUUCCGUACCAGUUGUAACCUCAAAAGCCACAAGAGAAUUCACAUGGGGGGUGAGAAUCACCAUGAAUGUACUCAGUGUGGAAAGGCCUUCAGUACCAGGUCUUCUCUCACUGGACAUAAUAGCAUUCAUACUGGAGAAAAACCCUUUGAAUGCCAGGAUUGUGGGAAAACAUUCAGGAAGAGCUCCUAUCUAACCCAACACUUAAGAACUCACACUGGAGAGAAGCCCUAUGAGUGCAAUGAGUGUGGGAAGUGCUUCAGCAGUAGCUUCUCUCUAACUGUGCACAAGAGAAUACAUACUGGAGAAAAACCGUAUGAAUGCAGUUACUGUGGAAAAGCUUUUAAUAAUCUCUCAGCUGUGAAGAAGCACUUAAUGACUCAUACUGGGCAAAAACCCUAUGGAUGUAAGGAUUGUGGGAAAUCUUUCACCAGUAACUCCUACCUCUCUGUGCACAAAAGAGUACAUAACAGGUGGAUAUGAAUGGUGGUGAGAAAUUACUGAGAGAAAGCUUUGUCGAUCCUAAGAGAACUUGAGAGUAUUUACAUCAGGUAUACAAAUUAUCUAUUGUGGUAUAAUAAAUACUCAUCCCAAACUUUGUGGCUUUAAACAAAUACCUCACAUUUUAUAGGUCAGGGUAUGAGGGCACCUUAGCUGUGUAGUUCUUCCUCAGGUCUUCUCAUGAUCUUACAGCAAGCAGAGCUGCAUCUUGUAAAGUUGUUAUCGAAGAAGUCACUUCUAGGGUGGCUCAUCACAUGCCUGGGAAUUUACUGUUUGUUAUUGUCAGGAGACCUUCAAUGACUUACCAUAUAGGCCUCUCUACAUGAUUAUAUUUCUUUAUAAUAAGGCAAAGAAUAACCCUUCCCCAAAGUGUUCCAAGAAAAGCCAAUCUAAAGAAUUAAGUAUCAUUUAUGACCUUGUCUUCAAAAGGUAUAGUUUCACUUCUUCUCUAGUGUACACAUCAACCAUAGACCAGGCUUGAUACAACAUGGAGAAAACUACAGAAUAUCUGAGGGUCAGGAGACAGCUCUCUGAGAACCAUCUGAGAAACUUGCCAUGAAAUUAAUGAAGUCUUCAAUAGAUCUUCAUCCUUUUAAUCAGUAUGAAAUGACAUUCAGUAAAUUGUUAAAUCUCUCUGCAGAGACAUCUGUGUGAUAAUGUUUUUUAGUUCACUUAUUGUAAUAUGCCACAAAGAUGAUGUGUUGGAAAAAACCUGGUGAGUAGAGUAGUGGUCAUGUGGUAAUGGUCUUCAGUGAUAUCAGUCCUUUUAGUCUUUCUUGUUGGAAAUCACACAACUGAGUAACAAAAGAAAGUCAGGAAUCUGUACAACAAAGUGUUCACAUUGCUCAUCACAGAUAAUGCUGUGAUAAUGGGAAAUCGUUAACUGUUUUCCUUUCUUACAGAGGUAUGAGAAUGCUUUUUGAUAUGCCCCCUUGAGUAUCAGGCAUUGGUAAGCCCUCAGGAUUCCUGUGAUGUAGGAAAAAAUUGGCAAUGAUUCCUCUUAAGCACAUAAAUUUGAGGGACACCUUAGGAAAGUGAAGAAAUACAUGCCAGGAUGCUUCAGCAUCAUCUUUCCAGUGAGUAACUGUGUAAUAAAAUUUAUACUGGACAUGGAAUGGAUGAGUGUGGAGUUACCUCUAAUAGUAGAUAGUAUCUCUAGGGUCAGUUACCAAAUUAUUAAUUUUCAAUCCUUGUUUUAUAAACAUGUAUGUCAAUAUGUCUAAUCCCACCCCUUCACCACCACCCCCCAAAAAGAAAUACCCACAGCCCUUCACUUUUCCUAAAUUCCAACCCAAUGUAUUUAUAGCUUAUGUUCUGAAGGGCUGGGUGUGGUGGCACAGACCAGUAAUCCUAGCACUCAGGAGACUCAAAGGGUGCAUUGUGAAUUUGAUGCAAGCUGGAACUAGCUGACCUGGUAUUUUUGUCAGAGUAUAGGACUUUUUAAUAUUGAUCCUUUUCUUCUCUCUGUCCUGAAAGUACCUAAUGUCCAUUUUGUCCUGCUUAGGGCCAACAAGAUGGCUCAGUGAGUGAUGGUAUUUGUCACCAAGCCUCACAUGAGUUCAAUCCCCAGGACCCAGACAGUGAAAGCAGACAACAGACUCCCAUGAGUGUUCCUCUGACAUCCACACACAUCGGUGCAACAACAAAACCAAUAUUUUUUCAUCUGAAUGUGUAUUAAAAUAAUAUGCCAAGGGUGGCUGGACAGAUGGCUCAGCAGGUAAGAGCAUCAUUGGCUGCUCUUACCUGCUCAGAGGACCCGAAUUUAAUUCCCAUCACCAACAUAGCAGCUCAUAACUGUCUGUAACUCCAGUUCCAGGAGAUCCUACACCCUCAUAUAGACAUACAUGCACACAAACCACCAAUGCACAUAAAAAUAAAUCAAUCAUUAAAACAAAAAAGUAUGCCAGGAUUUCUUGAAGCCUAAAGACUUACACCAUGAAAUUUGGAGGCUGAGGGGAAAGCCUGACUUCUCAUUUAUUUUCUGUUCCUCUCACACUUUCCUGGCAAGUGGCAAGAUUAGGAGUGAGAAUUGUUUUGUUUUGUUUUAUUUUGAUUAGGAUGACAUAAACAGUGGAACAGUAACAGUGAAUUAAUUUCUUCAAAAAAUUUCUGAGUACAUUAGUUCUAGAUACCUUUUUUUAAAUUCAUGCUUUGAUUAAAAGUAACACCUUACUGGUUAAAGCCAAGAUGAUUUGCUGGUUGUUUUUGAGGCGAUGCUAACUUCAGCUUAAAGCAGUAUCAAACUGAUAAACCUAUUCAUCGAAAAAAUCCAUAGUUCUUUGAGAGUGAUAUUUAUUCUUUUUUUUAAAGAUUUUAUUUAUUAUAUAUACAGUCUUCUGCCUGCAUGCCAGCAGAGGGCACUAGAUCUCAUUCAAGGUGGUUGUGACCCACUAUGUGGUUGGCGGGAAUUGAACUCAGGACCUCUGGAAGAGCAGUCAGUGCUCUUAACCUCUGAGCCAUCUCUCCAGCCCCGAGCAUAAUAUGUAUUCUUAUAGAUUGACAUAGUGUGUGUGCACAUUAAUACAUUCUAUUUUAAUGGUAUGUACAAAUUAUUUUCUUUUAAAGUAAUUUGUGGUAGAGUCAUAGUAGUCUUCCACUGUGACUAUGGAUUAACAUUCUUACAAUUUUGCCAUUUUUUCCUAUGUAUUUUUGAGUUCUGUAACUAGCUUCAUACAAGAUUGGGUGUCUUUUUGUGAGAAGUGUUCCUUUUUAUACAGAGACCGCUUUUUUCAUAACAAAGUACUAUAAUGCCUUGAUAAUAAUUGGUAAAAGGCUAUGUAGUGCAUCUCAUAGACAAGCAGGAAUGCCUUAUUUGUAACUAUGUAGUUCUCUGAACAAGCAUUGAAGUGUUCUGUUUUUCCCAGUUUACCAAUAAAAAAAAAUGUGGCACACUUCAA